CGGAACGGCCCCGCGGGCGGCAUCGGGCUCGGGGUGGGUGCCCCGCUCUGGGGGUCGGGCUCGGGUUCCGGCUCUCGGGGUCGCUGCCCAGCAUGUCCCAGGCCACUUACUGUAAGAUGUGGGCAGACGCCCAGAAAGACCUGGACAUCCUGCUCCAGAAAGAGAGGGAAGAGUUCCUGCAGCCAGAGACGAACCUCGGGAAGGUGUCCAAGAUGUUGGCCACUUCCUACAUCCAGUACAUGGAAAUCUUCCGUAGCCUGGCGGCCGCCUACAACCACCUCAUCCACCAGCAGAAGCGCGCGGCGAUCCGGCCGGUGCUGGAUGGCGUCAUGGGCCGCAUCCUGGAGAUUAAAAUGGAGAUGGUGAAGCUGGACAACUCCGAGUGCCAGUACCUGGAGGACAUCCUGAUGGAGCUAAAUCGCCCCCUGGAAGACAUAGAAAUACCCAUCCCAAAGUAUUUCAUUGAAGAAAAUCUGGAAGUUCUGCAGCAGAGGGAGAAAACCCUUGAUGAGAUUUUGCUGAAUGCUGGUUUGCAAGAGCAGAAACCUGUCGAGGCCAUGACACUUCCAGAGGCCAUCAAGUUGAUCCAGGUGGCAGAACGGGCUCGCCAGGGCCGCAGUCGAGCAAGGUUCAUGAAGAAAAUUUACCUGGAAGAGAAAAGAACAACUAAACAAGAGGAGCAGAUGGGUCGGAGUCCAGAUGAUGCUGCCACUUGCAUUCAAAAGGUUUGGCGUGGAUAUGUCCAGCGCAAGAGAACAGAGAAAAUGAGAGAAGAGGAAAUGAUAUUCCUGGGGAUCACUCUCCCUCCUCACUUAGAGGCAACCAGUAGUUUUCAGAAGUUUGCUGAGAAAGUAAAGGCCCUGCAAGGUGAUGUCCAGGAGAGACAGGAUGAAAUAUCCUUCAAGGACAAGCUGAGAGAAACAGAGGGGCCCCACAUCAAGGAAACACUCCAGGAUCAGCUCAGCCAGUGCUUCACGGAGUGCCGGCAUAUCACAGGCAGAUUUCCUGAUUAUCCCCCUGAGAAGGCAGGAGGGUCAAAAGCUAUUUUUUCUGAAAAAACUCCAGAGCAGGUCGCUGAAGAACUGGCUGCCAAACAGGAGGCGGAGAAAGCAGAGCAAAAGGGGAAAGAUGAAAAAGAACAGAAGGAACAGGCAAAAGAAAAAAAGCCACAGAAAGCUGGAAAGAAAGUAGAGGAUGAAGGCUGGAAAAUGGGUCCCAGUAAUUUCCUUUCAAUACUGGAGGAAGGAAGCAGUCAAUUCAAAGUCUUUUGGCAGAACAGAGACAACGAAUCGGAUUUUCUCCAGGAUCACGACCCAGAGCUGAUCAAAGAAGGGAAGCGUGAAGAAGUGGAGGAAGAGAUCAGAGUGCAGGUUGCUGAAUUGAUGGAAGAGAAACUGAGGAAUCUCAAACUGCAUGUGGAUGGAGAGAAGGUCAGCACUCAGAAAAAAGGUGGAAAAGCUGAAAAGGCAGGUAAGGCAUCUGCAAAGAAGAAGAUACCUGAGAUGGAGAGAGAUCUAACCCCUGACAGGACCAUUGAUUCCCUGUACCAGGAACUUGCAGAAGGAGGAUUGCUGAUCAAAGCCCAGGCCGUGAAUCUCUCCGAUUACAUUGGCAACUACGACUGUCUGAGGAGCAGCCUCCGUGGGACGGGGGCACAGCCCUUGCCCUCUGCCCCCGACGUCAGGCAGCUCGUGGCCCUGUAUGGAAUAUUGCCCUUAGGUUCCCAAAUGGUCCAUGAGAAUGCUCCCUUGGUGAAAUCCGUGUUACUGGCUGGACCCGCUGGUGUUGGAAAGAAAAUGUUGGUCCAUGCUAUCUGCACAGAAACAGGAGCCAACCUCUUCAACUUAACUCCUUCCAACAUUGCUGGGAAAUACCCAGGCAGGGAGGGCCUGCUAAUGAUGCUUCAUAUGGUUCUCAAGGUGGGAAAGGAAUUGCAGCCUUCAGUCGUGUGGAUUGGAGACACAGAGAAAAUGUUUUCUAAAGCGGCACCGAAGGGAGAGGAAGAGGCGAAUUCCAAGCGGCUGGGGAAGAUGCUGCCCCAGUUCCUGAAGGCUCUGAAACCAAAGGACAGAGUGCUGCUGGUGGGAACCACCACCCGGCCCUUCGAGGCCAAUAUUGGACCUUUCUGCAAAGUCUACCAGAAAAUCAUCCUGAUUCCUGCACCUGACUACAUGUCAAGAUUUGCUUUAUGGAAGCACUUCAUCCUGCAGAACGGUGGAGCCUUCUCCAGCUUGGAGAACCUGAGCUGCCUGGCCCAGGUGUCCGAUGGCUUCACCCAGGGACAAAUCCUGGACGUGGUACAGACUGUCCUGAGCGAGCUGAGGCUCCUGCAGAUGCCCAGGAAGCCACUGAGGACUGUGGAGUUUGCAACUUCUCUAGCCAGACACAUCCCAGUGUACAAAGAGGAGCAGGAAACAUUUGAGGCUUGGUAUGCAAAGACACCGCUGGGGAGAGCCUGGAGCACAGCACUGGCAGAAAGGGAAGCUGAAGAUGGAAAAGCAAAGAAAGGAAAAGGGAAAAAGUAACUUCAAGAUUUUUGCAUCUGGCAACUCUAGUCACAGCUCUACUUCACUGGGAAGGGGAAGACAUUAGGAAAGCAGACAUGGAAGAAUAAUGCACCUCAGGUUAUAGGUAUUCCAGGAAAGAAAAUUCCUUUCUGAGUGAAUUUUAAAAUGUUUAAAAAAAUCCAAAGAGACAUCAAUGUGACAUGUAGCUCUCAGAGGAUAAAGAGUUAAUGACCACUGGCUUCUCAAGCAUUAUUUAUUCUAAGAGAUUUUAGGGGGCAAGAGGGUUCAUUACUCAGGACUGUAACAUGCCAUCAACUUUUAGGCUACACUCAUUUAUUUCAGCAAGUAACUCUCCUUAAAAAUUGAUGUCACAUUAAUGCCUUUCAUUACUUUAAUAUCCUAUAUGCUUUAUAAAACUAACUACUUUCUGUAUCUGUAGGUCUAACGCAUUACAGUUCCCAAUAAAACUAUUACAGCUAUGAA